AUGGAGAGAAAUGCUAUCAGUUUAAUCGGUCAGACGCUAAAUCCAGAGUGUCAACCCAUGAAGAAUAUGAUAUCAGUGAUGCCAAGGAAAUGGCAGAAGCCGGGAAAAAUGAGGGGUGUGGCGUUAUCAAAUGAAAAAUUCCAUUUUAUCUUUAACUCGGAACAUGACCUGGAGGAAGUUUUAUCAAAAGGAGCACAUACGUACAAUGAUUGGUCUCUGGCAGUGGAUCGAUGGUACGAAAAUCCCCUAGCAAAUUAUUUGCAGGUUAUACCACUAUGGGUCCAGAUUUGGAAUAUGCCGGUGAAUUUCUAUACUGUCAAGGCUAUCACAGCGUUGGGAGAACUGAUAGGUGAGGUGAAGGAAGUAGCUUUUGACCCAAAAAAGGUUCAGACACAAGAGUUCGUUAGGGUGAAAGUUCUGUUUGAUGUGUCUAGACCUUUGCGUAGGUCUAAAGAAGUAACUUUGCCAAAUGGAAGCUCAACAGUAGUAAGGUUUCAAUAUGAGAGAGUUCAUAAACGCUGCUAUGAAUGCCAGAGGUUGACUCAUGAAAGAGAGUCUUGCCCAUUUUGGUAA